AUGGCGUUGAUCGUGAUUGACAGUUCAAGGUUGACAAAUUUUAUUGGAAUUCUUAGCCAAGGACUAAGAAUAGCACCUCCUGAAGCUCCUGUGACAGGCUAUAUGUUUGGCAAAGGACUCUACUUUGCAGAUUUAGUAAGCAAGAGUGCACAGUAUUGCUAUGUGGAUAAAAACAAUCCAACUGGUUUGAUGCUUCUUUCCGAGGUUGCUCUAGGAGACAUGCAUGAACUAAAAAAAGCCACGCCGAUGGACAAACCUCCAAGAGGGAAGCAUUCAACCAAGGGCUUAGGAAAAACUGUGCCGCAGGAGUCGGAAUUUGUGAAAUGGAGGGAUGAUGUGGUAGUGCCUUGCGGUAAGCCAGUUCCAGCAUCUAUCAGGGCAUCUGAGCUUCUGUACAACGAGUAUAUAGUCUACAAUACAUCCCAGGUAAAGAUGCAGUUCUUGUUGAAGGUCAGAUUCCAUCACAAGAGGUGACUGGAAUACUAGGGAGAAUUGAGUUAGAUUCCAACUAAGAUAGGUUAUGUUGCGACCACAUCUGAUCCAUUUUGGGAAAUAUAGCAUGGGCAUCAGUGUGAGUGGCGCAAGUAAUCCCCCGCAUUGUCUUCUGUUG